AUGUCCGAGUUAUUGGCUCAAGCUGGAUUAUAUAUUGACGAUUUUUAUAAACUGCGCAUAGUUGAUCCCAAAGUUACACAUGAGACAAAUGAGCUUAAAGAAGAAUGUGAAAAGUACCUUUCAAAAAUGACUGAUCUCCAAGUGAUUGUUGGUGAUCUUUUCAACUUAAUCAGUUUUGUAGCUGAGAAAGUUGAAUCACAAAAAUUAAAAGCAAUUGGAUCACGUAAUCGACUUAUAUCUAUUGAAAAACAAAGACAAAUACAACAGAAAUAUUUGGAAUCACAAAUUUUAAUGAAGAAGAAAGAUAUUGAACGAUUAAAUGUUCAAUUACAAUCAUUACAAAAGGAAGAAGCUGAACAAACUGAAUUUAUUGAACGUUUUCUCAUGGGUCGUUGA